AUGAGAAGUAACCGACUUGAGAAGUCCAUGGGAGCUGUUCAGAUGGGGUUGGUCAAAAUCCUCAAAGGAUUCCAAAGCAAGGUUGCAAAGCCCUUGAAUCCUAAACUGGUGACAGAAGAGGAGGCAAACAGAAUGCUGACGCCCUCCGAGUUCCUGAAGGAAAUGUCUCUCACCACCGAGGAGAGACUGGCGAGUACACACGUGAUGUGUCGGCCGCAGAUCAUAGAACUCCUGGAUAUGGGGGAGACGACACAUCAGAAGUUUUCAGAAAUUGACCUGGAUCAAGCAUUGUUUCAGCCCUUUCCGUCAGAAAUCGUGUUUCAGAACUACACUCCCUGUGAAGUCUAUGAAGUUCCCCUGAUCCUGAGGAACAAUGACAAAAUUCCAAGGAUGGUCAAAAUCAUUGAGGAAAGUUCACCUUACUUUAAAAUCAUCAGUCCCAAAGACAUCGGUCACAAAGUAGCACCAGGAGUGCCAUCCAUCUUCCGAAUCCUUUUCAGUCCAGAGGAGAACAAGGAUUAUGCCCACCUGUUGACCUGCAUCACGGAAAGAGAGAAGUUUAUUGUGCCAAUUAAAGCUAGAGGGGCCCGAGCCAUCCUGGAUUUCCCUGACACGCUCAAUUUCUCCACGUGCCCUGUCAAAUACAGCACCCAGAAGAUUCUGCUGAUACGAAACAUUGGCAACAGAGAUGCUGUGUUCCACCUCAAAACUCAGAGGCCUUUCUCUGUUGAGCCAUCUAUUGGAACUCUCAAUGUGGGAGACACCACGCAACUGGAGGUAGAAUUUGAGCCACAAACGGUGGGCAGUCACGCAGAAAAACUAAUCGUCUGUUACGACACAGGUGAAAGGGUCUAUGUUUCCUUGUACGGAGCUGCCAUUGAUAUGAAUAUAAGGCUGGACAGAAAUUCCUUGACUAUUGAGAAAACCUUCAUCUCUUUGGCCAGCCAGAGAAUUGUCACCAUUCACAACCGCAGUAACAUCAUCGCCCAUUUCCAGUGGAAGAUAUUUGCUACCCAGGACGAGGAGGAGAGAGAAAAGCACAGGGUCUGUGAUGAUCUGACCAAAGAGGAAAAGGAGGAGACGGACGAGUUUCUGGAGGAGUGCAUUCUUGAACCCUCCCUCCGAGAGCGGCUCUCCAUCCUCUCGCGGGCCUUCCAGACGCAGAGGCAGCGGGUUCAGGAGGAUGACGUGCUCUUCCUGAAUGGCAUUUUCACCCUGGAGCCCCUGGAAGGUGAUGUCUGGCCGAACACUUCAGCUGAAAUCAGUGUGUGUUUCAACCCUGUUGAAGCGAGGCUGUACCAACAGACUGUUUACUGUGAAAUUUCAGGCCGAGAGAUCCGCCUGCCCCUCCGAAUCAGAGGGGAAGGAAUGGGACCCAAGAUCCAUUUCAACUUUGAACUGCUGGAUAUCGGAAAAGUCUUCAUUGGAUCUGUACAUUGUUAUGAGACGAUACUAUGCAACAAAGGCAGCAUUGAUGCCCUCUUCAACUUGGUGACGCCAACUACGCCAUUGGGAUCCUGCUUCGUGUUCAGCCCCAGUGAAGGCAUCAUUGAAUCAAGUCAAGUCCAAGCUGUCCUGAUCUCCUUCAGUUCUACCACCCUGGGGGCCUUCGAAGAGGAGUUCCUGAUCAAUGUCAGUGGGUCACCAGAUCCUGUGAAACUGGUCAUUAGGGGCUGCGUCGUCGGACCCACCUUCCAUUUUAAUGUGCCUGCCCUGAACUUUGGUCAGGUUUCCUUCGGGUUUCCUCAGACCUUGACCUGUUCCCUUAACAACACCUCUUUGGUCCCCAUGACCUUCAAACUGCGUAUCCGUGGGGAUGGCCAGGGACAUAAAAGCAUUGCAAGUUGUGAGCAGUGUUGUGUCAACAAAGAAUGUUCUUGGACCCUGGAAGAUAUCACAGCAGAGAAGCCAAGGGAAUUCACAGUCGUGCCGAGCUGUGGCACCAUCCGCCCUCAGGGAUUUGCUGUUAUCCAGGUGACUUUGUGUUCCAACACUGUGAAGAAAUAUGAGCUGGCCCUGGUGGUGGAUGUAGAGGGCAUCGGAGAAGAAGUGCUGGCGCUCUUAAUCACAGCAAGGUGUGUGGUGCCCCCACUCAGCCUGGUUAAUGCAGUCGUGGAUUUUGGACACUGCUUCCUGAAGUAUCCAUACAACAAAGUAAUCCAGCUUGUUAACAACAGUGACUUCCCAGGAUGCUACAAGGUUCUGCCUCAGACACAUGAGGACACACCUGCGGUGCAUCUCUCAACCACCACCUGCUGUGGAGUCAUCAGCCCCCACGCCACCGUGGACAUACCCCUGGCCCUGGAGGCCCAGCUCACAGGAGAAUGCACGUCCAUAGUCUACAUCUCCACCUUCGGGAGCCAGGACCCUCCCCUGGCCUGUCAUGUGAAGAGCGUUGGAGAGGGCCCGGUUAUCUAUGUAACUCCCGUGGAGAUAGAUUUUGGCUCCAUCUACGUCCUGAAGGACUCGUCCCGGGUGCUCAGCCUGUCGAACCAGGUCUUGAUUCCCGCAUUCUUCCAGACACACAUGGCACAUAAAAAAUCCCUCUUUGCUGUUGAACCCAGUGAAGGCCUGGUUCCCCCGGAAUCUUCCGUCCAGCUGACAGUGACCGCCAACCUGGAUGACACAAUGACAUUCAAAGACACCGUCAUUGUGGAAAUCAAAAAUAGCAGCACCUAUCAGAUUCCUGUCCAGGCCACAGGGAUAGGCUCCACCAUCGUCUCGGAUAAGCCCUUUGCUCCAGAGCUCAAUUUGGGAACACAAUUCAGCCUGGACACCUAUUCUUACCACUUCAAGUUGGCCAAUAAAGGACGUCGGCUGCAGCAUCUCUUCUGGAUGAACUAUGAUUUUUAUCCGCAGGCCAAACUGAGCAAGAAGGGCCAGGCUCGGAAGGGCCGGGACUCCCACAGACCCAGCGAGGCCCAGACCCCCACAUUUCAGCUGCACCCCAUCAGGAUGGAGCUCUGCCCGGGCCAGACAGUUGAUGUGGUGCUCGAAGGCUAUUCUGCUACUCCCAGGAUAGCCAGAGAGAAGCUGGUUUGCCAUGCCAUCAUCGGGUCACAAAAGAGGAAGAGCCUGGUACUGACUGUGGAUGUCACCUGUGAGUUCAUAGCACCUGUUAUCCAGCUCUCCACCAAGCAGCUCCUGUACCGAUUGGAGAAGAAACCCAGUGCUGUGCUGGAGCCCAGUUAUCAGCCGUUGGCCAUAAAGAACGUCUCCACGCUGCCCUUGAACAUGCUGCUCUCCACCAAUGGGCCCUUUUUCGUGUGCGAAACUGACAAAUCCCUGUUGCUCACUGAUUCCAAGCCUUUGAGACUGGAGGUUGGUGAAGAAAAGAGCCUGCUGGUCAAGUUUGACCCCUCCUACCGCAACGAUCUGAACAACUGGGUGGCCGAAGAGCUGCUGGCCGUCAAGUACGUGGAGCACCCUCAGGUGGACAGCCUGAGCCUGGUCGGGGAGGUGUGCUACCCCAACCUGAGCUUCGAGACCAUGGAGCUGGACUUUGGCUGCAUCCUCAACGACACCGAAGUAAUCCGCUACGUCACCGUCACCAACAGCAGCCCCCUGGUGGUGAAGUUCCGCUGGUCCUUCCUGGUGGAAGACAAGGAAAACCAGAUAAGGUUUCUGACCUGGCCGAGGAAGUUGUACAGCGCCGCCCUGUCCCAGGCGGAGUCUGGCCCAGCUACCUUCACACCCACAAGUCCACCGUCGGCCCUCGCGCCUCUGGCGUCCUCCGAUAUUGUCUUACAGGAUUUAAUUAAAACUGUCCUGGAGGAUGAAGACGAAGGGAACUAUGAAGGAGAACACACAAGAGCUCAGCCGCCCGCUGCCACCAUGAUGGCUCCAGAGCUACAGAGCUCCUUCCCUGGGGUAGGCAGGAUCUGCCCCAACCAGAGCCAGGUAGAGUUUCAUGAAUCCCUGUGGAUCUUUGAAAACGACGAAUUGCUCAACCUGGGGAUAGAAGAGGUGUUUGACAUUCUGCCCCUCUAUGGAGUGGUGCUUCCACACAGCAGCCACCAGAUCUCCUUCACUUUCUAUGGACACUGUGACAUCAUGGCACGCACAAAAGCUCUGUGUGAAGUGGAAGGAGGCCCAACCUAUGAGAUAAGCCUGAAAGGAGAGGCGUCCCUGGUCGUCUAUUCUUUUGACACCAAGGAAAUCAACUAUGGACUGCAGCUGUUUGAUGACGUCACUGAAAGUGCAAUCACAUUGAAGAACAUUGGGAGGGUCGGCUUCGAGUUCAAGGUUCUGAAUGAGCACCUGUCUUGCCCAGACACCCUUCUCCCUGGAGUGCCGCUCAUCCUGCCCCUCUCAGGUUUCAUCUCAUCCCACGAGGAGCAGUUGCUGAAGGUUUACUACCUCCCUGGAGUACCUGGGGUCUUCCACAGGCAGUUCCAGAUUCAGGUCGCCCACUUGGACCCAGACGAUAUCACGCUGACUGGAGAGGGAAUCUUUCCCCGAAUCUGCCUCGAUCUCCCCAGGAACCUCAAAGGAAAUGAAAAAUAUGAAAACUUCUUGAAUCAAGCAAAAAAGAACCUAGAGUAUGACAGAUAUGAGCCUAAUGAGCACUUCGAGACAAUAACGGAGGAAACAUCUGAAUAUGACCUUGCUGAGUUUAGUGCUCAGCUCCAGAUGGAAGUUGAAAGACUUAUCAUCCAGGAAUAUGCCCUAGAACAUCAGAAAACCGUUACUUCCGACCCCACAGACGACACUUGCCUCACCCAUCGGAACCGCCACAAACUGGCCAAGAUCCCGCUGCCGGAGUAUAUCUUAGACUUCGGCUACAUUAUUCUUGGUGAUGUCCGAACCCACAUCAUCAAGAUCACCAACACUGGUCACUUUCCAGUGUCCUUUCAAGCUGAAAAGCGCAUCCUUCACGACACAGGCUUCAGUACGGAGCUAGAUCGUGUGAAGAACCUGCCUUACUGUGAAACAGAAACCUUUGAGGUGCGGUUCGACCCACAGGCCGCCAAUCUUCUGGUUGGAGACAAAGAAGUAAUACUGCCCAUCAAGGUGGUUGGAGGACCAACCAUUCACAUCUGUCUCAAAGCCAAGGUCACCAUUCCAAGUAUGAUGCUGUCUCACGGGAAGGUGGAGUUUGCCACGAUUCAGUGUGGACAGUGCCUCGUGGAAACCAUUCAGCUUUUUAAUCAUCUCCAAGUUGCCUGUGAAUGGUUUGUCCACAGGCAGAAGCCUGUUGACAAGCUGGAGAAGCACAUGCCAAAGUACUUAAUACGGAAAUCACGUGCCAAGUUAAAGCCACAGACACGGAUCUUUGAGAUUCAGCCUACUUCUGGAAUCUUGGAUCCUGGGGAGAGGUCCAACGUGCAGGUGAAGUUCAUGCCAACAGAAGAGAAAUUCUACAGCCAGACUCUGAUGUUCCAGAUUGCCCAGAGUGAUCAGAGGCUCGCGCUGCUGGUGCAGGGCCAGGGGCUGAUGCCCCACCUGGAAUUUAGUCCUUCCCUUGUGGAGCUGGGGCCCCUGCUGCCCUACGCACCCGGAGACGAGGCUGAAGUGGUGGUGAAGAAUCCCUGCAACUUCCCCAUUGAGUUUUACUGCUUAGAAUUGGACCAGCAGUAUCUCAUGGAAGAGAAGAUCUUACGGAUGCUCAAGGGCUACGACUCCUUCAACACCCUGCUGCUGCCUCCCCGGGUCCCGGGGGAGAAGCUCCCCCUCGAGGUGUACGAGUACUUUAAGGAGAUGAAGCGUUCCAAAGAGGAGCAGAUGAAGGCCAAGUACAUGGAGAGCCUCACUCAGGAGAAUGAGGAGGAAGAAGGGCCCUCCUCAGACCAGGGAACCUCGGCCAGCACCAAGAGGACCUCGCUCAGCAGAGGGUUGUCCGCCACGUCCAUCCUGGAGGAGCGGCACAUCGCGGGGGCCGAGGCCAAAGGCUUCACUGACGAGGACGAGGACGACGAGAGCCUGGAGAAAAUCAUGUUUCAGACGGACACCGUCCAGAGCAUUGACAGCCACUCAGGCGAGGAGGUUGGAGAAAUAGAGAACAACCCAGUGAGCAAGGCCAUCGCCCGCCACCUGGGCAUUGAGACUUCUACAGAAAGCCACUUGGCCAGGAACCGGAAGGGCAUCGCCAUCAUCGUCCAUGGGACGCCUUUCUCAGGAAAGACUGCUGCCGCCAUCAGCAUGGCCAAGUACUACAGUGCUGCCUGUUUGAACAUCGACUCCGUGGUCCUCGAAGCCAUCUGCGAUGGGAGCAGCAUCCCGGGCAUCCGAGCACGAGAGCUCUGCAUCCGGGCCGCCAUCGAGCAGUCCAUGAAAGAAGGAGAGGACUCUGGCCAGGAGACUGCGAUCACGGGCCAGGUGCGCCUAAGCAACGAGACCUUGGGCAAGCUCACUUCAGAUUCCACUCUGCCAACUCCAGAAAUGAAGUCCGCCAAGGCGUUUCGAGGGAGUGUGAUAAUCUCCAAAAGCAAGGCGGAGAGUCACGGCUCCGGGUCCCAGAAGCAGCACCAUCUGCACACAUCUGAUACACCCCAGGUCUCCUCCAGCCCUCUCCCUCUGGGGCCCGCCCAGCGCAGGCUCAGCGUAAGCAGCAGCAUCGGAGGGGAGACGGGGCUGGUGAGCUGCGUGCUGCCUGAGGAACUGCUCACGCAGAUCCUGGCUGAGCGAAUACAGCUGAAUGACUGCUUCCGGGGGGUGAUAUUCGAUGGCCUCGAGACGCUCUUCGCUCGGAACGGGCCUUCCGCCCUCCUCUGCCUGCUGAAGGCCAUUGGCAAUCGGGAGCACAUCUACGUCAUCAACAUGGCCCAGGACUACGCAGCCAUGAAGGCCCAGGAGAAGACCAAGAAGGAGCAAGAAGAGUACAAGCGCAGGGAGGCUGUGCUGAAAGACAAGGAACGCCUGCAGAACAUGGACGAGGAGGAGUACGAUGCCCUGACCGAGGAGGAGAAGGUCGCCUUCGACAGGGAGGUUCAGCGGACCCUCCGGGAGAGGAAGAAGAGGGAGCAGGAGAGGCUGGCACGAGAGAUGCAGGAAAAGAAGCUGCAGCAGGAGCUCGAGCGGCAGCGGGAAGAGGAGGAGCUGAAGCGCCGGAUUAGGAAGCCCAAGGCGGCCCCACCGAAGGAGGAAAACCACCUGAAGAAAGCUCAGACUGUGAGCCGCCAGGUUCUAACUUUUUCCAAAACAGACGCAAAGCCGGAGGCCGUUGACAUGAAAGUGUCUCUCAAAGAGCAGGGACUGUCGGAGAAGGAAGACCUAAAGAAGAGAAAGCCCCAGGCUGCUGAUUACAGUUACACUGGGAUUCCUCUGGUCCAAGAGGAAGAAAGUGAAAAGGACUAUGUCAUGAAGGACUCAGACAGACAGCUGGCUCAAGGGUUCAAGAACUAUGAGCUGAACUUAAAGGAAAUCCAAAGCAUCCUUAUCUUCUGGGACCGCAAGCAAGGUGUUCAGCAGCCUCACCUGGGGGCCGAGGAGACGCCCCACGAGCAGGACGACCAGCGCCAGGUCCCAUCAAGCGGGCGCAGAGGCCGCAAGGACCGAGAGAGGGAGCGCCUGGAGAAGGAACGAGCCGAGAGGGAACGUCUGGAGCGGGAGAAGGCCGAGAGGGAGCGACUGGAGAAGCUCCGGGCCAUGGAGGAGCGCAGCGACUGGGGCGAGGGGGACGUGGAGGAAGACCAUGAGGGCAAGAAGGACCUGGGCGUGCCCUUCAUCACCAUCCAGACUCCUGACCUGGAAGGUUUGAACUGGAAGCAGGCCCUGGAGAACGACAGACUUCCCAAAAGAGACCAGAUCCUGGACAUCUUGGGCCUGGGGUCCUCUGGACCACCCAUCCCGCCUCCCACCUUGUUCUCGGUCAUCCCCUACCCUGUGAAGCGCCUGCCUCUGGCCCCAGCAGACAUCCUGAAGUGCUUCGUCUUUGUGUGUCCACAAUCAGACGAGCUCUCCUCAUUGGAGGAUAAGAAAGAGACAGAGGCCGAAACAGAGCUGUCCUCACCCUCAGUCAAUGCAAAGUCCCAGGAGGAGCAGACCACCUCAUCUAAAGCCAACAAACAGAAACAGAAAGAGAAAUCAGAGCAGUCCCGGGACUCUCAGAAAGACAAGCGCAGAGCCGUUAACAAGAAGAGCCUUUCCGGAGCAGCUUCGGGGAACGUUGCACCUCUGUCAGAGGUCGACCAGAACAGCUUGACUGGGCAGCACUCCCAGGAGAAGUUCAUCAGGCUGAAUCAUUUCCGCUGGAUCGUGCCAGCCAAUGGCGAGGUGGCUCUGCGAGUGCACUUCUCCUCAUGUGAUCUCGGGGACUUUGAGCAGAUUUUCAACUUUGAGAUCCUUGGAAGUCGGCAGCAGUACCAGCUUUGCUGCAAAGGCACCUGCACUUAUCCAUACAUCUGCCAAGACCCAAAGGUGGUGUUCCCGCAGCGCAAGGACGACAUGAAGUCACAUGAGAUCGUCUUUAAGAAAUAUGUUACAAGCAUGGACAGAUUUUACUUCGGGCCACUGCUUUGUGGAAAAUCAAGAGACAAGUACAAGUCAUCCCUCUUCCCAGGGAACACGGAGACGCUGACAAUCCUCAACAACUCUCCCAUGUUUGUGGAAGUGCACUUUUGUUUCCAGAAUGACGUCAGAGCGAACACUUACUUCUUGGAGCCCACCGUCAUGUUUCUGAAACCCAACGAGAAGCAGCUGCUGACCUUGUGGGCCUACCCAACUGCGGUGGGCGUGUUUGAAGACAGCGUCGUCUGCUGCAUCAAGGAGAACCCCAAGCCAGCCAUCUUCAAGUUGAGCUGCCUGGGGGUCCGCCCUGAGCUGGAGCUGGACCAGAAGCAGUUGCAUUUUGAGCGGCUCUUACUGGGCAGGAAAGAAACCAAGGCCAUCCACCUCCGCAACGUCUCCCUGCUGCCUGUGUCCUGGCGCGUGUCCAACGUGGACCACCUGGGUGACGACUUCUCGGUACCGAAGACCCAGGGGACCAUCCUGCCCAGGUCUGAGUACAACCUGCAGGUCCACUUCCAGCCUUCCAAGCCCAUCACCAUCAAGAAAGCCAUUCGGCUGGAGGUUUUAGAUGCAGAAAACCUCGUUGGCAUCGUCCAGAUGGAGAACAUCGUGAUCCUCGCAGAAUCCUACGACAUCUCCCUGGACAUCAGCUUCCCCCGAGGGACUGAAGGAGGCCUCGAUUUCGGGGUUGUGCGGGUCAUGGAGGAAAUCAGACAGCCCCUGCAACUGAAGAACCGGGGGAAAUAUGAGAUCAUAUUCAGCUUUUCUGUGGACUCACUAGAGAGAUCCAUGACCAACUUGAAUUCCAUGCUCUUGGUCCAACCCAAGAAGGGCUCUCUCACCACAGCGGAUAAGCCCACGAAUGUCCAGGUGGUCUUCUGUGCCAAGAAGGAAGUGAAGAUUGAUCACCAGCCCGUCCUGCACUGCAACAUUAUCGAGCCUAACAUUUCGGAAGGCGGUGAGGCCGUCGCCCACAUCCCCAUCAAGUUCUCCGUGAAUGCCGUCUUCUCCAAAUACAGCAUCAGCCCUUCCACCAUCAUCAACUUUGGGGCUUUGACCUGUGGCACUCGGAAAAGCAGCUCCUUCACCAUAGAAAACCAGGGUGUCAUUGACUUCAAGUACACCCUCUACAGGCUGAUGGGAGAGAGCCCCAUUCAUCAGAAGAAAGGAACCAAUCUCAUUAAAUACACAAGAUCCAGAGAGAGCGAGAGCUUCUACAAGGCCGGCCUUGCCAGAGGGGCCAAGUUCUCGGACACUGUUCAGAGGGAAGGAAAUUUACCGAACCAGAUUCGCUACUCGCACGGCAUGUUCACCAUCUACCCCGGCUUCGGCUCCAUUCCUGCCGGAGGGCAGCAAGUCAUCACCGUGGACUGCGUGGCCGACUCUGUGGGAAGGUGUGAGGAGUUGCUCGCCAUUGACAUCUCUGACCGAGACCCCAGGGACCAGCCGGCGGGCAUUCCUUACACACUGCUGGCCGAAGGCUGCCUGCCAGCCUUCGUGACCGACAACAACGCCGUGAUUUUUGAGGAGCAUCAGAUCUGCUCCAGCACCAACCUGCACCACAUCCUGCAGAGCACAGAGAGCGGAGGGCUGUUUGUGGAGGACGAGAACAAGUUCAUCUUUUGCAAUGUCCUGGUGGGCCAUCAGGCCAAGGCCAGGGUCAAAAUCAGCAACCCGGGGAAGAUUGCCUGUGAUGUGAGCAUUGCGGUUAAGCCUCUCUCCAGUAAGGCCAUUGCCCGCAUCAGCGAUAUCUUUGAUGUGGAACCCAACAAGAUGUGUGUCGCCAGUCGCUCCCACGCCUUUGCUACAGUGUCCUUCACGCCGCAGACCAUGCAGACCUACCAGUGCAUCUUCGAGGCCUCCUUGGAUGGCUUGCCCAGCAACCUGGCCAAGGCCCGAAACCUGCUGUUUGAUAUUGUGGGAGAGGGCAACCUCCCACGAGUGAGCGUCGUCAAGCCAGUUCUCCAUAACCAACUUGGAAACCCCUUGCUCCUCUUUAAGAGGCUCCAGCUUGGUCAUUCAGAGAUGCUUCCUCUCGUCCUUCAGAAUAAUGGCACCAUCCCAGCCCAGCUGCAUGUUGACCUGCGGGACCAGCUAGGAGUCUUCUCCCUGAAAGGAAGGCCCACUACCUCCUACAUCUACAUCUCAAAGGAAAAGAGGCCAAAUGAAAAAGCAACGAAAGCUCACACGGCCUCGCUCGUGGUCCCUCCUGGAGGGGUGGCUGAAUUUGACGUCCUCUUCCAGUCCCAGAAGGUUGGGAGAAUGGCUGGCACUGUCCACUUAUCCGUGGUCGACAACCAGUACGAGGAGACCAUCAUUCACCUGGUGGGAGAGGGCUAUGAGGACGACAUCACGCUGGACAACAUCCACGGGCUGGUGGCUGCUGCCAGUCACGAUGCCUCCGAGAUCACAGAGGUGCUCGAGGAGAACUCCAUGGAUGAUGACAUAGCAGCUGCCCUGGUGGACCACAUCCAGUUCGGAGACUGCCACAUCGGCAGGAGCUACAGUGUGAGCUUCACGAUCACUAACCACAGCCACGUGACAAUGACACGGUUCGAAUGGCCCAUGCUGGCUACACUCACCUUCUCCCCACGGGUGGGCCAUGUCCACCCUGGCUGUGCCAAGGACAUAAUGGUAACCCUGAAGUCAGAUCUACCCAUCACCCUGACGAAGAUGAGGGUCAAGUGCAAGCUGUCCAAGAUCGCAUUUCAGCUCCCUACAGACCAGGUCCCCGACUGGGAUGACCAGAGGCACACGGUCAAGUGGGUGGACGCGCCCAAGAACAUGCCCGGGACUCCCAGCACGAAAAGAAAAGUGAUCGAGACCGACCCGGAGCCCGUCCACACGGUGCUGGACGAAAGCUACGGCAAAGUGCAGCUACAGAUCAGCGCCAACGUGGGCUUUGCUUCCUACGAGUGCAAGGCGAGCGACGUGCACUUUAAGGACACGCUGGUUUACCAGACCCGCGUGUUUGACUUUGCUCUGACUAAUUCAGGAAAUGUGCAGCUAGAGUUCAUCUGGGCUUUAGAAGACACUGGGAAAGCUGUCAGCUUUGCAGUGCCGGACACGGAAGGUGUCCUCAGCAAGGAUCAGCUGAGCCAGGGCACGCUGCACACAGCCAGCUCUCAGGACAGCGCCAUGGAGCCCUGGAACGAAGGCACUCCGGGCCAGCCGGCCUUCUCCGUGGAGCCCUUGUGGGGCACCGUGCCUGUGGGGAAGACUCAGAAGUUCCAAGUGAAGUUCUCCCCACUGGAAGUUGGAGACUUCGAGAAUAACUUUUUCUGCCAGAUCCCCAACCUGCAACCUGGAGAACAAGGCCCAUUCCUGGUUGUAAGAGGCAGAAGCCUCUUGCCCGUCUGCCAUUUUGACCUGAAGGAGUCCGACUACAUCAGUGGUCAUCAUCGCAACCCAGAGCUCGGUGGUGUUGUAGACCCGAACACUCGGGUGAUUGAGUUUGCCACGGUGGGCAUAGGAGGCAAGACUGUCCGGUCUUUCACCAUCAUGAACCCAACCAGUAGCACCUAUUCCUUCGCCUGGACCUCUGAGGAAGUGGAAAGCCUCCGGAACCCUCCAGCUUUCGUAUGCCUUACGGAAAAGGGCACCGUCCACCCCGACAAGAAAGCCGAGAUUGUGUUCCAGUUCACGCCUUCCCAUCUAGACAUCACAGAAUCAUUCUGGACUUUCUUGAUCCCGGAACAUAACAUCAAAGUCCCUUUCCUGCUUGUGGGCAAAACCACCGACCCGCUCAUCUUUCUGGACUAUUCACAUCUCAACUUCAGUUGGCUCCUCGUUGGCCGCGAAGCCAGGGAGACCGUGCAGAUCAUCAGCAAAGAGGAGCAGGCUUUCCACUUUGCCUUCCAGGACAACUCCCGGUUUUCCGAAGGGUUCAGCAGCAGCCUGGUCGUGUCUCCCAUGGAAGGCUGGGUCCCUCCACUGUCCAGGUUGCCUAUUGAUAUUUUCUUCACGCCUCAGCGGGAAGGAGAGGUGAACUUCAACUUGAUCUGCAAUGUGAAAAGGAAAGUCAAGCCCCUGACCUUAAAUGUCAAGGCCGAGGGCUACACCAUGAAUGUGGACCUCAAGUGCAAGGACCGGGCCGGCUCGCUCACUGUCUUCUCCCCCAACCAGACCAACGUCAUCAACUUUUAUGAGGUGAAGUUAAAUGAAAGUGUCAAGUGCGAAUUAAUCCUUGUCAACACUGGCAAGUUCAGCUUCAGCUUCCAGUCCGAGCUCUCUGGCUCCAAAGCCCUGCUUCAGUACUUGGAAUUCUCACACGUCGACGGCACUGUGGAAGUGGGGAAGAGUGUGCCUGUCACCCUGUCUUUCCAGCCAUUGAAGAAGUGUGUGUUGAAGGACCUGGAGCUCAGAAUCAAGAUCGUCCACGGCGCCACCUUCACGUGCAGCAUCCUCGGCUGCUCCGUGAGCCCAGCUGUGCACUUCUCCUUCACCAGCUACAACUUCGGCACCUGCUUCAUCUACCAGGCAGGAAUGCCCCCCUACAAACAGGUGCUGAGUAUCACCAACAAGGAGGAAACGUCCAUGAGCAUAGACUGUUUGUACAACAACACCCCCCAUCUUGAGCUCAACUUCCAAGUGGACAUGAUAAAGCCAGGAAGUACUCUGAUGGUCCCAAUCAUCUUCUAUCCUCGAGAAAGCAUCUGCUACCGAGAACUCAUCCCCUUUGAAAUCAACGGACAUUCACAGCUAAACGUUGAAAUUAAAGGGAAAGGCACCGAGAUGAAGGUCUCCGUCCUAGACCCUGCCAACAGGGUUGUCAAGUUGGGAGCCCUUCUGCCGGGACAGGUCAGCAAGAGGACAGUUUCCAUCAUGAACUGCAGCCUUGUCCCGCUCACAUUUAACCAGUUGGCCAUGUUCUCGAUCCCAGAACUCCAGGAUCCCCAGGUGAUCACCUUGACCCCCUUCAACAACAUCAGUCUGAAGCCCAAAGAAGUCAUUAAGGUGGAGGUGGUCUUCGCCCCGAAGAAGCGUGUCCCUUCUUUCUCCGAGGAGGUGCUCAUGGAGUGCAUGGGGCUGCUGCGGCCUCUCUUCCUCCUCAGAGGCUGCUGCCAGGCCCUGGAGAUCUCCCUGGACCAGGACUACGUCCCCUUUGGGCCCGUUGUGUGUCAGACACAGGCCACUCGUCGCGUCCUUAUGCUGAACACGGGUGACAUAGGUACCAGGUUUAAAUGGGAUGUCGGAAAGUUUGGGCCUCAUUUUUCCAUCAGCCCAGAAGAAGGCUACAUCACCGCGGGCAUGGAGGUUUCAUUUGAAGUGACCUACAGCCCCACGAAGGUGGGAAAGGAGAGCGUCUCUAACAACAUGCUCUGCGUCAUCCAGGGAGGCAGUCCUCUGACCCUCACCCUGUCUGGAGUCUGCGUGGGACCCCCUGCAGUCAAAGAGGUGGUGAACUUCACCUGCCAGGUGCGCUCCAAGCACACACAGACCAUCCUGCUUUCCAACCGCACCAACCAGACCUGGAACCUGCACCCCAUCUUCGAGGGCGAGCACUGGGAGGGGCCCGAGUUCAUCACCCUGGAGGCCCAUCAGCAGAACAAGCCCUAUGAGAUCACCUACAGACCCCGCACCAUGAACGUGGAAAACCGCAAGCACCAGGGGACCCUCUUCAUCCCCCUCCCAGACGGGACUGGCUGGCUGUACUCUCUGCACGGGACUGCUGAGCUCCCCAAAGCUGUGGCCAACAUCCUCCGUGAAGUGCCAUGUAAGACCCCCUACACGGAGCUCCUCCCCGUCACCAACUGGCUGAACAAGCCCCAGAGAAAGACGCAGAGGAUGACAGGAGGCGAGGAGUCCCUGCUGCUGGGAAUGGUCAUCUUCCGGAACGAGACCACCAACGAGUUCUUGUUCUACACCGUGAGCUUCCGGGUCAUCCCUUCGGGAAUCAUCAAAACCAUCGAGAUGGUGAGUGUGGUCCGGCAGAGCAAGUCGGCCUCCAUCAAGCUGGAGAACCCGCUGCCCUACUCAGUCACCUUCUCCACGGACUGCAGGAUCCCCGAGAUCAGCCUGCCCUCCCAGUUCACCGUGCCAGCCAACUCUGAGGGCUUGUUCUCAUUUGAGUUCCAACCCCUGAAAGCCGGAGAAACCUUCGGGAGACUGACCCUGCACAACAGUGAACUGGGUUACUACCUAUAUGAGCUCAGCUUGAAGGGCAUCCCCGCCCUGCCCGAGAAGCCCGUCCACUUCCAGACAGUCAUUGGCAGCAGCCAGAGUGUCUUUGCCAAGUUUACCAAUUACAGCCGGCAGAAGACAGAAUACCUCUGCCGGGCCGACUGUCCUGACUUCCACACGGAAAGGGUGAUCCCCGUGGCCUCGGGAACCCAGGGCGGCACCGAGGUCAGCGUGGAAGUCAUCUUCGAGCCAAGCCGCCUCGGGGAGACCAAGGGCACCCUGAGCCUGUCCUCGCUCGUUGGCGGCGAGUAUACCAUCCCCCUCUUCGGGAUGGCCCUGCUCCCCAAGCCCCAGGGCCCCUUCCUGAUUCGAGCUGGGUACAACAUCGUCAUCCCCUUCAAGAACGUCUUCUUCCACACGGUAACCUACUCCUUCAUCGUGGAGAACCCAGCCUUCACCGUCCGCGCCAGCGACACCAUGCGGCCCAAGAAGGUCAGCAACAUCACAGUCUCCUUUGAAGGAAACCCCUCUGGCACCAAAAUCCCCAUCACAAGCAAGCUCAUUGUGUCCUGCCCUCCUGGGGAGGGCAGUGAGACGGGAAUUAAGUGGGUGUACUACCUGAAGGGGAUCACCCCGUAG